CUUGUAUUUGUGAAAUGUGAGGUGUUCCAAUCCUAGUCUAAAUUAUGGGACUGAUAUGGUAUGGUGACGGCAUGAGUCAGUCACCUUUUAUUUCGAUCUCCGGAUUUAAUAUUCUACGCAUCCCCCAACCUGUAAUUUUCUCUCUCAAUCAAUUCAAAUCUCACUUCUUAUUCAUCCAAUUCAUCUUUAUCUCCAACAAAUUAAACAUAACAAUGGAAAUUGGCAAGGAGCAAGUCGGUUCAUCGUCAUCAUCUCUAACCGAAGAUCUUUCUGCUCCUAAGGAUUCAUCCCAGUCCCCUGGGAUUUUCUCCUUACUUUUCCCACCUCUUGUGAGGAGACCCUCAUCUAAUUCAUCUUCAUACCUCAUGGAAUGUCUUGACAAGCAGUUAUAUGAAUUUAAUUUCAAGCAUGGAAGAAAGAAUCACAAGGCAUGUUACGUUGCUACAUCGUUACGUUGUAGUUUGCACUUCAUUUUUUUUACCAUUUACUCCUCAAAUUCCAUAACUCAAUUUGUUAAUUGUCCCACACCGGUGAAAUAUGAAAUAAUAAAUUGUUAUAUGAAGAUCAUGUGCUACUUCUCUUAUCAAAUUAACCUUUUAAGAUAGAAACUCAGUUCUUAAUAUGAUAUCAGAUUCCAAUUGGUACAAUCAUGGUGUGGGUCCUCUAUGGGGUUCCGUCUUAAAAGGUUAACUUCAUAGAAGGAAAAACUCAUAAUCUUAGAGCCUGUUUGGUAGCACGAAAAUCGGCUGUUUUGGUUGAUUCUGCUAAAAUUUAUGAAGUCCUGGCUGAAGUGGCUGCAUUGGCUGAUUCUGCUGAUUUAAGAAAAAAUAAUUUUUAAAAUAUAUUUUAUUAAUAAAAUAAAGAAAAAAUCAUAUGUAAAAAUAGCUAAAAUGGUAAUCUACAGUAACUUCAGCCAAUACAGCCAGAAAAGUAACUCCAACCUUACGUGUUCUGCUUAUUACACAAUUCAGCACGCGAAAGCAAAAAAUACGUGUUUAGUGAAAAGGUUGGCUGAUAAGCCAAAAAGCGGUGUUGCCAAACGGCCUCUUAAUAUAACACUUUAUUACUUCAUAUUUCACUGGUGUGGGAAAAUUAACACCGCUUCUCACGAUUAAUCACUUCGUCUGAAUCGUGCCGUCAUUCUUUUUUUCAUCCGUUCAUUUUAAUUUUUGGAAAUGUUUUAAGUUUCUUCUAAAUUAUUUUACAAAUAUUAAUGAUGGAUAGCGUACCCGGGGGUAGCUUAUCCGAGGGGUUAUAGCGGGGUCCCUAGAGAGAAGUCAGAGCAAGCAAGUAAGAGAGAGAGAGUCAAAUGUAUUAAAUGAACUCGAGAUGCUUUACAAGGAGAAUAAGGACGGCUAUUUAUAGUAACCAUAAAUGCUAGGGGAGUACACGUGUCAAACAUCCGAUGGUCGAGGGUCACCUCAAUCGGGGGUGGCACCGACAUCUGCAUGUGCACCGCAUUAAAUGCGGUGGUUGGACGUGACGUCACAUUGAAUGCGGUGGGCGCCUGUUUGUAAAAGGAAUCUUCGUUGAUCGUGCUGUUGCCGAAGGCUCUGUGUAGCCGAAGGCUGCCCAGAUGCCGAGGGCGCCUAGGAGCCGAAGGCUCCUAUUUUCUAUGUUUUUCUCCCAUUAGCUUUGUGUGCCCAAAUCUGGCUGCCCCGUGGAUUUCGGAGCCCUCGGCCAUAGGGCCGAAGGCACCCAGGUGUGUAUCAUGGGCCUCUUCACACUUGGGCCGCAAUAUUAGGGCUUUGUGUGCACAUUAGGCUUGAGCAGGAGAAGUAAGAGUAUGUGGGCCGGAGGUCCCUGAGCCAUAUACCCCAUCAAUUAAUAUUAAUAAUACUGAAAUGUCUUAAUAUUACUAAACUAAAUUUAUAUAUAGGCAAAAAUGCAACUAAAGACACUAUAUAUGCGUAUAUGUAAUAUAUUUACGGUCAUUACGAUAUAAAAUUUGAACAUCUUUAGUAACUAAGAGUCAAUAAGUUACAUUUUGUCCACCAUCUAUUUUAUGAUCAUAAGUUACGGAAUUAUUUCUAAUGUUUGUAAAUUACUAUUUGUAACGUGCGAUUUCAAUGCUCUUCUUUCAUAUUAGGCUUGUUUACAUUACCAAAUAAAUUUGUAAUGAUUCAUCGAAGGUUGUUAAUUUAAUAGAUAAUUAUCAUCUAUGUUUACUACUUAGUGCAUCUCCAACACUACGGCGCAUUGGAGAUGAUGUGGCAUCACAAUGGAAAGAGUCUAUUUGAUUUGUGGGCCAAUUUUCUUCAAAGUGAUAGGGUCCAUUAUAAUUGUGUUGCAAUGCAAAAAAUAAUAAUAAUAAGGUGAAUGCACUCCCACCCAAGAUGAGACCGAAGGUCCAUAUGUGGACCUCAUGCUAGACUUUGACUCUCUUUUGUGAUUGUCAACUCAGCAUGACUCGGUCCAUUGUUUUUUUACAUUGGAAACUACAUUUGUAAACAAAGAGUGUAUUUUCUUCAGUUUUCAUUCUUUUUACUGUCAUGUCCCAAAAUGAGUCAUGUUUGAUUGAUAUAUGUACAACUUUAUAAUUAUUAUAAAUUAUAUACUACGUAUAUAUUAGAGCAAACAAAUUUAUUUAUUGAUGAUAAGAAUAACCACUAUAAAAGCAACCAGAUAGACAAUGAGAUAAGACACGAAACUGAAAAAUCCCCAAAAAACAUAACACUUCACUAACUCUACCAAGAUGGCAGACUCUUCUAUUAGCAUAGUUGUUCCUGCUACUAGAUCAAUAAUUAAGACUAGAAAAAUAUUCAAAAUAAACUACGAGAGAAAGUAAACAUAUGAACUAGCUUCACCAUACAUCAACAAGGAAAUAACACAAAAUCUAGUUGUCCCGUCUUUUAAAAGGAAUUACUUGAAUCCAUAGGGGAAAAAUUAGAAGAACCAUCAGUUUGACCAACCCGGAACGGAGAUCCAAUCAAUCACUUCUUGUAGCAUGGUGAUUGCGUCAUCAGAGCUGUUGAUGCCCAAAAUUAGCAUCCUAGAAAAACAUUUUCGCCAUUCAACAAGUUAUACCGAUGUGGAACACAAAAUUAAAUCUCUAAACAAUGAUAGGAAAGGAAUAUAAAGGAUGAAUUGAAAACACCUGCUAAGUAAUUCUUUUUUUCAUGUUUGAGAGAAAAGAAUGACUCUUUUGGAACUAAGGCUUCAUUGUUGAUGUGGUAGUUGAGAGAAAAGAAGAGAUUGAAAGAAGAGAAGGGGGGGGGGGGGGCUAGGGUUUGCUCCUCAUUGGCGCCCCUCAAUGUGUAAUUGGUGUUGACAAGUUUUAUAUGUCAAAGUGAUAGUGAAUUACUAUCACUAUUUUGAUUCUUUGUAACAAAUUACAUGAAAUAGGGUUUAAUGGUGUAGUUUGUUGAAGUGUUGCUAUAAAAAAGAGAGGCGUAAUAUUGAAACAUGAAAAAUAAUAUUCAGUUUUUUGUCAGCGGAUGAUAUGAUUAAUAGUGCAAACUGUGACACAACAUUGCAUGAUAGAUCAACACCUUCCCCAUUGUCUUCAUCAGUUUACUAUAGCUCAAAAGAGGACAUGUAUAUCAAGCCAAGAAGUGCACAAUCAAUGCCUAAGAAGGAAUAUGAUCCCAAAGGAAACAACUCACAGAGUGUAUCACAAGGGAAUUGGUGGGACGGGUCGGUUUAUUAUUGACUGUGAGACACUUUUAUCAAGUUGGAUGAGGCUAAAAUAAUCGAAAACAUGAAAGCAUGCCUAUGGAUUAAUAAAAUCACCUUUAUUUUCAGUGGUGUUUUCUAUAUUUUAGAAUUUUAGAACUUGGGCAUUUCACAUACAAGUUAUGACCAUACAUAUAGAGAUUAUAAGACAUGAUGUUUUGAUAAAUUUUAGUCUUUAAUAUAAUUCAUUAUGCAGCAAGGCUGUUGUGAACAAUAUAAUGCGGUAUAUAUUUG